AGUCCCUGGCUGACGCGACAUUCCUCUGGGUUACUUGGAUGGUGGGACCAAGGGAUCUCAGAUGCAUUCUGUUUUCCUUCCAUGGCUCGCGAAGAGCAGAGCGGUGGAGGCGAACCUGAGCAACUCAGUCAUGCCGUGGUGGCUGCUUUUCCUCCUGAUGUGGGGCCCAGCCAGGUUGGCUCUGGCUAACAUCCAAGAAGAUGAAGCUAAAAAUAACAUCACCAUCUUUACAAGGAUUCUAGACAGACUUCUGGAUGGUUACGAUAAUCGGCUUAGACCAGGACUGGGAGACAGUAUUACUGAAGUCUUCACUAACAUCUAUGUGACCAGUUUUGGGCCUGUCUCAGAUACAGACAUGGAAUAUACAAUAGAUGUUUUCUUUCGACAAAAAUGGAAAGAUGAACGCUUAAAAUUUAAAGGUCCUAUGAAUAUCCUUCGACUUAAUAAUUUAAUGGCUAGCAAAAUCUGGACUCCAGAUACCUUCUUUCACAAUGGGAAAAAAUCUGUAGCUCAUAAUAUGACGAUGCCGAACAAGCUGCUUCGAAUCCAGGACGACGGGACCCUCCUGUACACCAUGAGGCUUACGGUGCAGGCUGAAUGUCCAAUGCACUUGGAGGAUUUUCCAAUGGAUGCCCACUCAUGUCCUCUGAAAUUUGGCAGCUAUGCGUAUACCACCUCCGAGGUCACGUACAUUUGGACUUACAACGCAUCUGACUCAGUACAGGUUGCCCCCGAUGGCUCCAGGUUAAAUCAGUACGAUCUACUGGGCCAGUCAAUUGGGAAGGAGACAAUUAAAUCCAGCACAGGUGAAUAUACAGUGAUGACAGCUCAUUUCCACUUGAAAAGAAAAAUCGGGUACUUUGUGAUUCAGACAUACCUGCCCUGCAUCAUGACUGUCAUUCUCUCCCAAGUGUCAUUCUGGCUCAACCGGGAGUCCGUGCCUGCAAGGACUGUGUUUGGAGUGACAACUGUCCUGACAAUGACAACACUGAGCAUCAGCGCUCGGAAUUCUCUCCCCAAAGUGGCUUACGCAACCGCCAUGGACUGGUUCAUUGCUGUCUGUUACGCCUUUGUGUUCUCGGCUCUGAUUGAAUUUGCAACUGUUAAUUACUUCACCAAGAGAGGAUGGGCUUGGGAUGGGAAGAGUGUAGUAAAUGACAAGUCCCCUUCAAUAAAAGCUGAAGGCUUUAUAUUAACAUACAACACAGUGAAGGCAAUUCUUCAAGGAGCUAAGCUAUUAUGGUCCAAGUAUAUAGCUUUCUCAUGGCCCAAUUUAAUCCAAGGAAAGACUUUAGAGUACUUAGAGAAGUGGAUGGACUGUUUAACCUUCAAACAUGCUUCUAAAAAAGAGAAGGCCUCUGUCAUGGUACAGAACAACGCCUACGCGGUGGCUGUGGCCAACUACGCCCCGAAUCUUUCCAAAGACCCAGUGCUUUCCACCAUCUCCAAGAGCGCCACCACGCCAGAACCCAACAGGAAGCCGGAAAACAAGCCAGCCGAAGCCAAGAAAACGUUCAACAGUGUCAGCAAGAUUGAUAGAAUGUCUAGGAUAGUUUUCCCAGUUUUGUUUGGUACUUUCAAUUUAGUUUACUGGGCCACGUAUUUAAACAGAGAACCGGUAUUAGGGGUUAGUCCUUGAAUCUCGGCAAGGGUUAUUUGGGAGGUGUUUAGCGAUGGUAAGCUUGGUUGGUUUUGCUCUGUACAGUUCGACUAAUAACUGCUAAUUUGUGAACCAACAUGUGCAGUUUGUAUAUAGCGGCAUAGCUCAUCCGUAGACUUUUAAUGGAGACAUGCAUUUGCUAACUCCAAUGGAACCAAGGCAGGAAGCUCCCCAUGCCCAUAGAGCCAUUGCCUUUUGUAGAGAUCUCCCCGAUGACCUGGUGUGAAGUUGAUUUCUGAGCCCCUGUUUAUUUUCUGCUUCCAUGGUGAUGACAGUGGGAAACCUGUACCCCUGUGUGUGGACCCUUCUGCCUUAGGUCUUCGGCAGGAGUGUGUUCUACCAUCAGCUGAUUAUGAUGGAAGAGUACACUGUCAGUCUUAAAAAAAAGAAUUCCUCUGUAGCAGCACUUCAUAUCCGCGAUGUUAGUUCUCUCCAUGAGUGCUCAGAAUCCCUGCUACUGUCAUGGAAAACUUGGCACCCCUAAGAAGAAACACUAGAGAUCCGAAAUCAGCUUUUAAUUCCUCUGCAUCACAUCUGUAGCCAUGUACACGUCACACCAUGACGAACUCAGAUCCUUACGAGUCACCUGACAGGAUGUGCAAUUUGCCUACGGUGUAGGAACCAUUGGAAUGCCAUGGUCGUUACAUUCUUAGCUUCAGCUUUUAUUUGAAAGUAAUCAUUGAACUCCUACAACUUCUUUCAGUCAUUGGAAAUGACCUGAAAUUAAAACAAAAAGAAUAAAUGUGUCUCGUUCCUUCUAGAUAUGCGUUGCGUUGCAGUUGAUCAACUAAAUUUUCUUGGUGCUGGAGACUGCGGAGAGCAUCCAGUUUGGCUGCUGUGGGGCACCAUUCACACUGGAUUAGAAACCUGUGCCAGAAACCCCCGCCAGUGAGGACUCAUGGGUGUCCCGGGCUGUGUCCGAGCACUUCUAUGAUUCUCUUCUUUCCUGUUUACUGCAAAUUUUGCCUUAAGGCUUCCUUUCAUCAGGACUCAGAAGCCACGAAUCCUAAAGGAAAGGGCGGUUCCUUGGCACAUCUUUCGAUCUUGAAUGAGGCUCUUCCAGAUACGAAUUCAUGUAAAUCUGCUUUUGUAAGUUGCAACUUUCAAUUUCACUGACACAAAUUUACAAUAGCUUUGUAUACCAUACGAGGUUUUGGUAAGAGUUGAACAUUUUUAAACUGCUACUUUCAACAUCACCCAUCCAUGUGGAUUAUUGCACACUGACACUCAGACACACACGUAGCUCAGUCGGAAACCACCGUUUUCAAUUUUAUAGAAUUACUAAUAAGGGGGGCAAAAUUCAUUUUCCUUUGAAAAUCUUUUACAGGUAACCUUUAUGCCCUUGAAAUGUGCUACUAAACAUCAACCGUUGUGUCUCGUGCCUAGAUUCAGAGAUUUCGGCAGACUAAAAUACUUUUGACUGACACAUUAGCAGUUAUUAGUUGGCUUUACUAAUCGACGCACCUUAGGACGGUGUUUUUGUAGAAACAUAAGUAGUCAAGUCGUGGCAUCUCUUGCAAUUUUGUACAGUAUUUGAGUAUAGUGCAUCAAUAGGUAUGUCCAUAAAAUCAGUAACAGGAGUAUCUAAUGGAAGUAAGCAAAAUCGCAACAAAAAUUGCUAUUCUUUGCCUCUUCUAAUUUUUUAAACAUUUUCUUUGUUUUAGUGUAAUUCUAUUAUGUGCUUUGCAUGAUUGUAUCAAUACAAGGUCACAAACGCAUCUUAUGAACAGAAUUUGCCAUGAAGACAACCUUGCCAUAAAAGUUUCCUCACACAAGGUAAUCCAUAAUCCUUAAUAAAAUGAAAUUGUUACAUGAGCCAAUAAAUGUAUUUCUUUAAUUCCCUUCCAGUGACACCUUCGUUGUCAUCUAAAUAGUCUUAAAAUGUGCAUUUUAUUCAUACGUAGAAAGAGAAGAUACACUAUUUUGCUACACGUUUAAGUAUAUCAUAGUUCUGUACAGUUUAGAGAAGUGUGCAAAUUGGAUGAGAAGAGAUCGAGGCUGAGGGAUGCAAUAGAAAUGUUUUGUGUGCUGUAAAUACCUAGACACACAGAGAAUACUUCCCUGGUAAGGUCAGCACUGCCCGUCUCGUGUGUAACUCUCAGUUAUAAAUCUGUAAAUAUGUGCAUAUGUAACAAUACUUGUAAAUAACAGCUUCUGUCGGACAGCAGAAAAGACUCCUCUGUACCUUCGGCAAGGGGUGUAAUGUUGACGGCCUCAGCUUGAUUCAUGUUUAUGGCAGAGUGGCCCGAAAAACGGAUGGUCAUUAUCGUUGUUCUGUUUUUAUUUCAGUACUUACAAUCUUAUUUGAAUCUAAUGGCAUUCUGACAGUUCAGAUUUUCCAGCAAACGCGGGUCAGGAUUUUCUGUCAUUUCUCUAACUUCGGCAUUAUGUUUUAUACACUUAAUUCUUCUAACAUUUACAUGAACCAAAAGGCACUUUUGCUCUGGCUGGAGAGAAGGAGAUGCUCGGUGGGAAAGGGUUGUAAAUGGCAGAACCAGCAGAAUCUUUGCAAUCACCCUUCCUCCCAGAACCAGCUGAAGAACAAAAUGUAAAUGGCAGGAUCUUAUCAUAGGGCCAGUUUUUAUAGACCGGCAUUGGUCCUUCCAGCCCAUAAAAUUACACCCGUUUUGUGCAGUCGUACAAUGACAUAAGGAGUUGUGGAAUGUACAAAGUGUAGAUAAAAACUUGUACAUAAACAGAGCCGUAGCUCACUAUUGCACAGCCUUACUGGUUCAACUCAGAGUCACUCAACAAAUGCUCUUUAUCUCCCAUGAUGCACCAUGCCCUGAGCUUGGUGAUAACACACCACUCCUAUCACACUCACAGAAUUUAGCUGAGAAUUGAAAUGUCAUUCCAUUCUUUUAAAGACUUAACCUCAAAGACUAAAUAAAACACAUACACGAUUGAGCACUGAAGUUGUGUAAUGAGCUGUGGUCCCACGCGCGUGCCAAGUUGGUGGCUAUUUUGUUGUGUUCUGUGAUCCACAUUCCUAUUGGUGUGCCUAUAAAAGUGGAGCCAAUCGAAUCAUUAGAUCAGUUUUUGAAAGCGUCAAUAAUAUAUUUUUAAGUGCCAGUCUUGAUGUUUAGAAACCUUUUCAGGGACCUUUGUAUUUCAAAUUUAUCUCAGGUUUGGAUAAAUGAUCCCCUUGAGCCAUGAUUUCAAAAUAUUUUCCUAAAUAGUUCAUCGGCUACUUAAAAAAUAGCACAGAAGCUAUUGUUCCACUCAUAUUUUUGGUAAAUAUGUACGGGCAAUACAAAGACAUGUACUUGUAUUCGUGUGGCCCUUUUCGUGUUUCUGGCUGAGGGCACUGAACUUUGCCCGGUGUGUUCAUGGGUUCCAGGACAACAGAGCUCUGGGGACACGGGACGUGGUCUGGCCUGUCCUUGUUCCAACCCAAGGAGAGCGCGGGCGGUGCGGGUCCCCUGCGCCGUCUGCUUCCUGGGGCUUCCUCGGCCUCUGUUGGCAUUUUCCCCGCGCCUCUUUGGCUGCCCGCAGAGGGUCUGGGAGACAGUAACGUCUGUCGCUCACUCCGCAGUUGGGGGCCGUGUCAGUAGUUUACUAAGAAGUCAUUUCUGUUACUAGUUUGUGGCACGCCUCCAGUCACCCGUGUAUUUUUGAGGCAAUUGCCAAUUUAUUUUUCUUUUUACAUAAGAUGAUUCAGGAACGCCUGUGCUGACUGGCCAUUGCCGUGUCACCAUGCGUCUUCCUUGUCCGUGACAUCUCAUGGGUACCUCGUGCUUCCUGCUCAUUCAGCCAAAGUAUUCAGGAGCAUAGCAUUUGAACUGGGGAGGGUGUGCCUGGUUUUAACUCUGCACGCUCAGGAGCCACAGACGCUGCCGAAGCCACUCAUAGCGGUGUGGACAAGACAAUUCGUGGUGUCUUCCUCUCUUACCUUGGUGCGUUGAAAACAAAUUCGGUGUCGAAUAAAAUGCUUUAAUGUGCAUCAGCUUUUGCUCUCAUCAUGAAUAUUAAAGAUAUUAAUAUUUUCCCUCACUAUGUAAAAGACCAUAUUUUCAUUGAAUUCAGAGUGAAACAGGGAAAGAAGUAUCAAAGGGAAGAAACCAGAGGAGCAUGAGGCUGACGAAGGCAAGCGAGGCGUUUUCCCGUUUUAUCUCCUACGUGGAUAAAUGAUAAAUAUGUUUGUGCACACGGGGCAAUUUUAACCGUCAUCUUUCUACUAUGGCGAACAUCAUGACAAAAAUGCCAAAAUAGAGUUUAUGUGAAAGGCAUUGGGGAAGGUAAUAAUAAAUUAUCCAAAAAUCUAUUUUUUGUAAGAAUUAUGUUUCAUGAUUUUUUUGUUAAAAUUUUUCAUUAUCAACAUAUUUUGACCACCGUGUCUCCCACCCUGUCUAGCUGAAAUACUCCAUUAUUGCUCACUUAUAUAAAGACCAUCUUCUUACAUAGGUAAUUAUACACCCAUCUUCAAACCACUCUGUGUUGUAUUUAACACAUCAUAUCAGCUAAUAUUUCCAGUAGGGGAGAACAUUUCAUAACAUUUUAUAUGUUUAUGUUUCAUUUUAAAGUAAUAUUCCCAAAUAACUUUUUUAUUUUUU